AUGAUUAUCUCCAGCUCUCCUCUCUUCAAAGAGUAUGCCCGAACGGUCCUUGAUUCUGCAAACCGUAACAGAAGGGCAGCUUGUUCACCCUUAGGCAUUGCGGAUGCUAUUGUACAGCACCUGCUGGACCUUGCAAAGCUUCGGAUCACUCGAUUCAAGAUCAGCAAUGCUACUGAAGACUCCUUCAAUCUUGUUAUUGAGGGACGCAUGUUUGGGACAGGAACGAUCUCUAGCACCAUCAUAACAACGGAGGCAUCCCUCUCAUUCAACGGGACCGUAUUUGGACAGAUCAAGUUACCCCAAACCCAGACGAAUUUCUGGGGAACAGACUUUGUUGCCCAGGAACAGCGUAUCGAGAUCACAGACUAUACCAACUACUGUGCCUUUAUUCGGAGCAUUAUAGUCGACGAUGCAACCAGCCUUCAACUCGAAAACAACAACUGCACAGUCAGAGCACUUGGUACUUCGUCUGUAUGCAACCUCCGUCUCGAUAUGCCACUCAAGGCUAUUGGAGGACCUAGAAUGGCAGUCAAGAAGCUUUCGCGCUUAGGUAAUGACGUGACAAUCGUAUUCGGCUUGAGUUGCUCAGGCCCUGUCGAACUUGACCAUGGCUUUUGUAUUUUCGAGCUUCGAAACGGCCAUAGUGAAACAUUGGCAGAGCUGAAAGGUGAACUGAACAUUGCCACAGGCCAGACUGAACUUACUCUACAUGGGACAACACGAGAUGGGGCGGUGGCCUCAAACAGAAUCAGGCUUGUUGGAGUCGGCGUGGAAGCGAAAGAGAAGUCAUGGCUCAAUGAGACCAUAAGAGAGAUCGAUGUCCCCGUUGACUUGGAACCGAAAUGCGUGGAGAUAUUGUGGUGCUGAUACACACU